GGCGGCGCCAGGGGGGGGCUAGGGGGUGCUAGAGCACCCCCUAGAUUGGCCAUAGCACCCCCAUAGCACCCCCAAGAAAAUAAUGGUAAAAUAAGAAAAAAAAAAAAAAAUCAUUCUGAGUUCUUAAUAAAAUGUAUUGUGUGAUAAUAAUAUUUUAAUCACAAAAGAAAAUAACAGAUUGAAAUAAACAGAUUGUUCACGUAGCACGACACAGACACGUGGCGUGGCGUGCCGCGUGCGUGAACGUGAUUGUUCAAAUGAGUAGUAGGCUAACGGCUAAGUAACAGUAAUCCUGGCGAUCGGUCAAUUAAUUUUAAAUCAAGUGGUCACAAAAUCACGAAAAUGGAUCGGUAUUUGAUCCGAAAAAAUCCUCGAGUUGAAGGAGACGUUCAAGAGGAAGAAAAAAGGCAGGAGGUAGUGGAUGAUUCUGAUGUAGAACAAGAAGAGGAAAGUCCUGGUCCAAGUAGUCAACCCUUCACCUCUACUGAGGGCGCCGCUGCUAGCCAUGAUGCUAGCACCCUGGGUGACUUAAGCAUGAACGCCCAGGAUGGUCCGAAAAUACCAACAUUACACAAAUAUCCAACUCGGAUGUUUGGAGUCCAGCAAAGAAGUUUCUGCAAGGGCUGGAUGGAACCAUAUCCGUGGUUGGAAUACAGUGUAUCCCAGGAUGCCGUCUUUUGCUUUGCCUGCAGGCAUUUUCUCGGUGGAGGAGGGCACGGGUUUCAUCGGGAGCCAACGUAUACAACCAGUGGCUUUCAUAACUGGCGGAAAGCAACAGCAUCUUUUAAGGGCCAUCACGAAAGUAUGGGACACAAAUUUGCCAUGGAGGCAUGGACUGAGUUUAAGCUAAAAGCAAAAAGCGGUUCAAAAAUAACAAAUAUGCUGGAUAAAGGACAUUCGGUAUUGAUCCAGGAAAACAGAAGGUACAUGAUGGGCGUUGUGGAAAGCUUGCGCUAUACUGCCUGUCAGGGGAUCGCACAGCGAGGCCACAUUGAAGAUGAGGAUUCAGCAAACAGGGGUAAUUUCCGCGAGUUGCUGUCUGUAAUUGGAAAAUUUGACAAAACCGUUCAGAAAAAGUCAGAUAACAACCCGUCAAAUGCAAAGUAUGUGCACCAUGACGUGCAGAAUGAGAUCAUCAAUGUAAUGGCAGAAAUGAUUAGGAAACAAUUAAGGGAUGAGGUUAAGGACGCUGAACAUUUUGCCAUUUUGGUGGAUGAAAGCAAAGACAUCAGCAAAAAAGAGCAAAUUUCAGUGAUCGUGCGUUAUUUGAACACGGAAUCAGAGAGAGUGGUGGAGGAAUUCUUGCAUUUCACCCCAGCUGAUGGACUAGACGCAAACUCGCUCUUUGCAAGCAUCAAGCAGACGCUCAGUCGGUGCGGUAUUGACCUGAAUUGUUGUGUUGGCCAGUGCUAUGAUGGUGCCUCAGUCAUGUCUGGAUGUAACAACGGAGUCCAAGAACUUUUCAGAAGAGAGGUGCCGCAAGCAGUUUAUAUACACUGCCAUGCUCAUAGGCUUAACCUGGUGUUGGUGGACUGUGUGCAUAAUGUAGAUGCUGCCGCUGAGUUUUUUGAGACGUUGCAAACACUGUACAAGUUUUUUUCGGGGUCAGUGGUGCACGAUCUCUUUCUGAAGAAACAAAGGGAACUUUCAACGGCACAGCGCAUAGAGCUGAAGAGACUGAGUGACACUCGCUGGGCAUGCCAGUAUGAUGCUAUCUGUGCAGUCAAGAGAACUCUCCCGGCUAUCAUCGCUACCCUGCGUGACACUGUUCGCGACAAGAAUGCGAAACGGAGGACAGAGGCUAAAUCUGUCAGUUCCCUUAUGGAUGAGCAGUUUGUUCUGCAUUUAAUUCUUUUUGAGGAUGUUUUUAGAACUACCAAAUUCAUGUCCGAUGCGCUACAGUCUCCCAAUUUCGAUCUCUUGACAGCGGAUGACCUGGCCCAAUCUGUGAUCACGGCCAUAUCGGAGAAACGUACAGAUGACAACUGGGCAGCAAUCCGUAAGCAGGCAGGAGACAUGUGCGUUAAUACCGGGAUAGCUACUGUACAUCGUGAGAAAAGGCAGACCCAAACAGCUAAACAUCUGGAGGGCUUUAUUGUGGAGGCCCCGAUAGAAAGACCAGGCAUGGGCAGCAUGGAUGAACUGAAAACUCAGUCAUUCUAUCCUGUCUUAGACAGGUUGUUAAUGGAACUCCGGCGACGCUUUUCCAUCGAAGCAAAUGGUGUACUGGCAGGCUUGCCAGCCCUAAGCCCUAAUCACCCAUCAUUCCUUGACAAGCAAGUUAUUCUGCCCAUGGCUCGCCAUUAUGGGGUCAGCGAGGAGAAUUUGUGUGCAGAACUCCAUCAAGUUCGCCGGCUCCUGAAAAGGAAGGAAGAGCAAGGAUGCACCAUUAACAGCAACCAGGAGUUCCUAUCCCUUAUGCGGCCUUACAAAGACGCCUUCGUGGACCUCUACAAAUUGAUCUCCAUAUCUCUGACCCUGCCUGUAACAUCUGCGAGCUGCGAGCGCAGUUUUUCUUGUCUGCGUCGCUUGAAGAGCUACCUGAGGAAUAGCAGUGGGGAUGGCCGAACCAGUGACCUUGCACUUCUGGCGAUUAACCCUCUGCGAGCACGGGCUUUGGACAUCGACAGGAUCAUAGAUGCCUUCGCUCUCAACCACAACAACAGGCGCAUUGUCCUGUUAUGAAGACGUAGGUGGAAACUGACACCUGAUCUGCUGGCUUGCCUGGAUUUUGGUUUUUCUUAAGGAUUUUAAGCAUAGUUUUGUGUGCACUUUUUGAUACACUUUUUGAUAUCUUAUUAUUGUGGUUUUGAGUGCCUACUGUUUGGUUUCAUGUUUUGAUUGUGACCUAAAAUAAUAUAAUCUAUUUGAAAGCA